AGAGAGAUUGGUCACCGCUUCGGUGAAAAACAGAUCUGAAAGAAAGGCAAAGCCAUCAGCGCGAUUAUAGUGGUCCUCUUCAUCUUCCUCCCUUGGAUUGCCAUGCCCUAAACCGCUCCUCCGGCCAGGAGUGCAGACAGACAUGGCGCCUAUUAUUGACUAUUCCAUUAUAUUGCAGAAUUUUACUGUAAAGAUUCAGAAAGAGAACUGAAAAAGAGCAAAAGGAACGUGAAAUAAUCUUACUUUGUGUGGAGUCGAAUCAAGAGACGGCAAUGGGGCAACUCUCUACAGUGCCGUGAAUGAAACGUGAAACUCACGCGCCACCACAUAGCAGUUAGCAGAAAAACUGGGCCAAGGUCCGACCCCCUCUUCCUCUCAGAUUUUGUCUCCUUGCUCGUCAACUCUGACCACUUACUCUCUCCCUCACGCACGGGCAGGACAAGUGGGUACCGUCGACCACCUUCGUCAAACCCACCAUUCUCACAGGUUAAUUAUCUUCAAGUAACCAUGGUGACCAAUUCCAGAUCCCAGCAAAACCUCGAAGCUAGGUCUGGUGGGAAGAUUGUUCGAACUAGGCGAAUUGCUGGUGCAAGGGCUACACCGUAUGAGCGGCCGAGGGUGACAAAUCCAGAACCCAAAAACCCUAAUUGGCUUUCCAAGAUUAUUUUUUCUCCAACUCGUAUGAUUGCUAGUGGUGCUGGAAAGCUGAUUUCGUCCGUCUUUUAUCUGGAUGAUUCUUCUACUUCCUCUUCUUCAUCUUCGUCUUCUUCUUCCUUGGGCUCUGACUCCAAUUCAGAGGGGAAUUGUGACAAUAAUUACGUUGAUGAUAUCUCAUCUCAAGGAACCGACAUAUUAAAUGAGAGGAAGGGAACAUCAGAAGUAAUCAAUUACUUUAGGAAGGAUCCUGAACCAACAUUAAGAAAAAGAGACACCAAGCAUGCAAUUGAGGAGCUACUUAUGCAGGAGACUUUCACGAGGGAAGAGUGCAAUAAAUUAAUAAAGAUUAUUAAGUCGAGAGUUGUAGAUGGUUUCAACACUAAAGAUGCAGAAAAGGGGAGUCUGACUUUGAUGCCAAAUGAAGCAUCUGGAGAAACAGACAUGCAUGAUCUUCGCUGUAGAGCUGUUAUGGAAGCGAGAAAGUGGACGUCAGCAAAGAAAUUGAAAUCAGCUUCUAAAUCAGAUUUGCAUAAUGCUAUUGAAGCCGAAGUGGGUUCUCCAGUUGAUAUGGCCAAAGUGUAUAUGCGUACACGUCCCCAAUGGUCAUCUCCUACCUUCAGCCAUGGAGAGAUCAAAUCUUCAUCACCAAUAAGUGCACAUCUUUUUAAUGCGGAAACACCUUAUUCAAUCGGUGGUAAUUCUUUGUCCUCAUCCAAGCCUAAAUGGGAUACCCCUAACACAGGGUCUUGGAACAUCCAAGAGGAAAUACAGAAAGUGCGUGCUAAAGCAACUGAAGAGAUGCUAAGAAAUUCACCAUCUGAAAAAAUUGAUUGGUCUGCCUCCGGUUUUGAAAAUAGAGCUAUUCCAAGCUCUCAGGGUUUGGACAUGAUACUAGAUGGGUCACAAAAUGAAGCUUCAUCGCUAAAUCAAGUUAAUAUCAUUGCUGAACAAAAUCAGGAUUUGGAAAUGACUCAUGCUCUUGAUGGAGAAGGUCCAAAGGAUGGGUUAGCAGACAUGGCAUGCAAAGAACAUAAACUUCACUCUUCAAAAGAUAUUAAGAACGCAUCCCCCAGCAAUGCUGGCAUUGGUGAUGUUCCUAACUACAAUGACACAAACACUAGUACAACUCUCAAGCAGCUAAGCGCUAUUGAAGCAGGAAGCCUGCGGGUUACAGAUCCAAGAUUUCUCGAGAACAACUGCACAAUAUCUGAACGGGUGUCUGAAAAUGAAAAUGGCUUGCCUGGUUUGUCUACAGGGGCAGGUUCUGAUCAUGAUCAUCACGAGGGAGUGCCAGAUGGUGAGGAACACAAUACAGCUACAGGCAAGCUUGAUGGCGAGACCUGUGAGCUUUUGAGUGAAACUUACAUUGAGAUCCCAAAUGUGAGCGAUUCAAUGAACGAGAAUGACAAAAUUACAAACGGCUCUCCAAAUGGUCCAAGCAUGAACAAUGUGUCGCCUCGGGUCACGACUCGGCAAAACUUGAAACGUGGACCAGCGGCAGCAGCCAAUGUGAAUGCCACUGUCGAUGCUGAAAAGCGACAAGGAAAGAGACUGAGCAGAUACAGUAAAAGAAAGUUGUAAUUUAUUAGUUUAGCUUAGUGUCUAUCACGUAGGUUUUAUUGUUAGGUAGUUUUCGUGUACGAGAUAUUUAAGCUUAGUAUUAGUAGUUGGCAGUUUGGAAAGACCUACAGUCACGGUAAAGGUUGAUUAAGAACGGUAAUUUGCAAGUUUAAAACUGUUUGUUCGAUUAUGCUCUGGCAUAAAAAUUGUUAUGUAAAAUAAACUUAUUUUAAAUUGGGUAGUGGCACCCCAUGAAGAUUAUUAUUUUUAA